UCCCUCCGGUCUACAGCAUGGGGAACAUCUUUGCGAACCUCUUCAAGGGCCUUUUUGGCAAAAAAGAAAUGCACAUUCUCAUGGUGGGCCUGGAUGCUGCGGGGAAGACCACCAUUCUGUACAAACUGAAGCUGGGUGAGAUCGUGACCACCAUCCCCACCAUAGGUUUCAACGUGGAGACUGUGGAGUAUAAGAACAUCAGCUUCACGGUGUGGGAUGUGGGUGGCCAGGACAAGAUCCGGCCUCUGUGGCGCCACUACUUCCAGAAUACACAAGGUCUCAUCUUUGUGAUUGACAGCAAUGACCGAGAGCGUGUGAAUGAGGCUCGAGAGGAGCUUGUGCGAUGCUGGCGGAGGAUGAGCUCAGGGAUGCUGUCCUGCUCGUGUUCGCAAACAAGCAGGACUUCCCCAAUGCUAUGAACGCAGCUGAGAUCACGGACAAGCUGGGCCUCCACUCUCUGCGCCACAGGAACUGGUACAUUCAGGCUACCUGUGCCACCAGUGGGGAC